GGCAUACACGCGCCCAUGCAUAGGCUUCUAGAACUCCCGCUCGUGCACAAGCUCAUACCAGGCAUCGAGAAGCUGGCUAGCGAGUAUCACGUCGGGAAUUUCGUGAUCGAUCGUACGAACGGCGAGAGGUUCUUCGAGAGUAUGCCAAUCUACACCAGGCUUGGGAUGCAUCUCCUGUUCUAUGGCGGCGAGCAGCGUAAGGUCCUGCACAGCAAGUCUGUCGAGGCAGUCCUGAGGGACCUCUCAGUGCGCCAAGGGAAGAUCUACGAUGCGCAUGACUCCGUCAAGUCAAUCCCGUCCUUCAUCCAGACAUAUGCCAUUCGCACGGACGAGCUCCUACUGCCCGACAUCGCACAAUACAAGACGUUCAACGAGUUCUUCUUCCGCCGCCUCAAGCCCGACGCGCGGCCUGUGCAGAAUGUGGAAGAUCCCGCAGGCAUCUGCAGUGCGGCGGACUGCCGGCUCGUGGUGUACCAGAACGUCGACCUCGCGAAGCUGUUCUGGAUCAAGGGGAACAACUUCACGGUUGCUAGCCUCCUCGGCGUCGCACCCGGCUCAGACACCGCGCGUGCCUUCGACGGCGGGAGUGUCGCCGUCUUCCGGCUGGCCCCCGCGGACUACCACCGUUUCCAUAGCCCGAUAGACGGCACGGUCGGCGAGGUCAGGGACCUCCCUGGGGAGUACUACACCGUGAACCCUCAGGCAGUCAACGAACAAGGCUUUGACGUCUUCACGGCAAACAAGCGCGCGGUCCUGUCGAUGACGCACGCGGCGUCCGGCAAGCCCGUCGCGUUCGUCGCCAUUGGCGCGAUGCUGGUCGGCUCGAUUGUGUGGACAGCGGGUGGACAGUCGGGCGCACAGGUGCGGCGCGGCGACGAGCUAGGGUACUUUGCAUACGGCGGGAGCACGGUCGUCGUGCUCUUUCCGCCGGGCCUGGUCGCGUUCGACGAUGACCUGCGGAAGAAUUCGGAGGUGCCUGUGGAGACGCUAGUCAAGGUCGGCAUGUCUAUUGGGCGGGCAGAUAUUUAGGCUUCGGUGCUGAAUAUACCAAGUGACUGACGUGGCGAGGUCCGAACCGCGAGCAAAGGCGGAGCGGGAGAAGAAUGUGCAGUGAAUACCACUCUCAGUAUUGCUACUAGAUACAUCUUGAAAAUUAUCGUGCUUGUUCUCCAG